AUGAUGAAAUUAAUUCAUAAAUUAAAACCUAAAACUUGGGAAUUUGUAGAAGAAAAGUUUGUUCAGAUAUAUCAUAAAAAGAAUGCUAAAAUUACUAAAUAUUGAAUGAUUUUUGUUAUUUAAGUACUGAAAAUACAUGUUUGUAGGCAAAUAAAUGUGAGGAUGUUAAAAAUUCAUAUCAAUCAUGCUCAAACUUAAAUAUUAAUGGUAUGCCUUGUAUUGACAACUUCGAUAAAACUUCUUGUAGACGCUUAAUAUGUUCAGAAUUAAAUUAUGAUAUAUGUAAUUAAUAUUUGAAUCAUUGCGAAUAUCUAGAUAAAUGUUAAACGAAAUAAUGUUAAGAUUUAUAAUAAGAAUAAAUUUGUAGAUAUUAUAAUUGUGAAUGGGAGUAAAAUAGACAUAAAUGUUCUAAUAAAUAACCAUGUGAUAAUUAUAAAACAGAAAAAAAUUGUAAUUAAAAUUCUAGUAAUUAAAUUUAAUGCAUUUGGAUUACAAAUGAAUAAGAUAGCUUUUGUAGCGAACAAGGUUGUAGAUAUUUAUCUUAGAAUUCAUACUGUAGAGGUUCAUAUAUAAAUAAAAAUAUUUGUGUCCAACUCAAAGAUUACUCGUGUGUAUAAUGUGAGGAAAUUAAAGAUUUUUGUUUAUGUGCUGAAUAAGAGUAUUGCAAAUUUAAUGAAAUUUUGGGUUAAUGCGAAUCGAUAAAUUGUAAUCUCUUUAAAAAAGAAAGUGAUUGUUAAUUAUUUCCAUUUUGCCUUUACAAAAAUGAAUAAAAUGUAAAUAAAAACAUUAAUUUAGAUAUGCCAUUUUAACUGUAUUUUUUUAGGUAAUUAAGACGAUUGUAUUGAAAAUAACCCAGUUUGUCACUGGAAUCAUGAUACAAAUAUUUGUUAUGAAAUUUAAUUAGAACAUUCAAUAAUCUCAAAUUCUGAGUUUAUUGAUAUGGCUUUCCAUAUUUAUGCUACAAUUGUUUGGAUGCUAAUUUGAC